AUGAUCCUCAACCCUCUCAGCAACCAGGUCGGCGGACAUGACGGCGUCCUCUCCAUGGGCGACGACAACGAGAUCAUCGUCAAGCCCGCCCUCCCCCAGGAGCUCAAGUUCUACGAAGAGUCUGUCCUCCACGCCGAACUCGCCGCCUGGAUGCCCACCUACUAUGGCACCCUAACCCUCACCCGAAGCAUGCCCGGACAACCUGGCGACGAUCAGUCUGCCCCUACUAUCAAGGCAUUGAACGGUUAUGCCUUGUCGGACAUGAUGGCUGCUUCUACUCUCGAUCAACAGGAUGGCGCCAACGCUGCUGCUGCUUCUAUCGCCGAGACUGAUGUCGUUGCGGACGAGGCCGAGGAAAAUGGCGUAAAUGACGAUGAGUGUAUCUGUCUCGAGAAUGUCUCCCUGGGAUUCAAGAAGCCCUGUGUCCUUGAUUUGAAGAUGGGCACCCAGCUCUUUGACGAUGAUGCCUCAGAGGAGAAGAAGGCUCGCCUCGGUGCCGUUGCUGCCAACACUACCACCCUUCCUCUUGGUUUCCGUAUGACCGGCUUCGAGGUCUAUGACAGCGAAAAGGGUGAUUUCACAAAGUACUCCAAGCACUACGGAAAGGGAUUGACCGAGGACACGGUCCUGGACGGAUUCAGGAACUACUUUGCCGCAAAGCUCGGGCCCGAGCGCAUGCGUCUAAUCAUUGAGCGGUUCGUCAACGACCUGACCGACUUUUUGGCCACCAUCGAGAACCAGGAGUUGCGCAUGCGGUCCAGCUCGCUGUUGAUGAUCUAUGAGGGCGAUAGCGAGGCAUUUGAUGCUGGUGUUGCGAUUGAGCAAGAGAAGAUUGGAGCUAUUGUUGCGAGGGCUCAGGCACAUAUGGAGAAGAGCGCUCGGGAAGAUAACGAGGAUGAAGAUGAAGAUGAGGAUGAGGAAGGCGAGGAAAACGAUGAGGACUUUGAGGACUAUGAUGAGGAUGACGAGGAGGAUGGUGAGGUUGGACAAAAGGUCACAGAUAUGCGCUUGAUUGACUUUGCCCACUCUACUUGGACUCCUGGUCAGGGACCCGAUGAGGGAGUUGUCAAGGGUGUCAAGAGCGCCCUUGCCCUCUUUGAGAAGCUCUUGCAGGAAGACUACCCAUUCGACUCCUAA